UUGUGUACAUUUCUACUGCUCCCUAAUGUCAAUCUCUCUCUCUCUCCAGUCUCCCAAUACUGAUGGUUUCAACCCAGGCUACACUGUAGCUUACAUCAAAAACACAAUCAGUGUAUAUUUGUAACCGGUUGGCGCGCCGAAAGCUACGGGUAGAUGGCUAGAUGCUCACGAACAUCAACAGUGGGUCGUGUGUGUGAGGUAGAGAGAGUGGGAGACAGACAGACAGAAAGAACGUGAUAGACAUCAAGAGACCUUUUGUAAUCAAUACAAACAGAAGAAACAUUGAGAUUCUCCAACAAAGAUAUUGGCAAACUAUUUUUACGUUUUGCAUUCUAAGUGCGAGAGACGAUCAAGAAACCUUCGUGGGACUGCAAUUGAACAGUGAGAAGGCACAGAUUAUAAAAAUUGAAACAAUAAUUACGCUUUGCGAGAAGAAGCUGAUCAUUGUCGUGGAUUGGAUUGGGGUCAAUCAAUUUGUAACCCAACGUCAAGAAAAUAGAAAGAGUUACCAUGGAAACUGUUCUGUUCUUCCUCUUUUCACUCCUGGUGUAUGUGGCUGCAGUCGCAGACCCAUGUGCCGAGGUGCCUGUAUUUUCAGAUGGUGAAAAGGAGAAGAAAGAGGUGGACCCAUUUGUCUAUGACUAUCAUAGCCUGCGGAUCUGUGGACUGGUCUUUGGUGUGGUACUCUUCGCGCUGGGCAUCCUCCUCAUCCUCAGUAAGUCUUCAUACUUCAGCCGAAAAUGUCGCUGCUGUCCCAAUCAGGAGAAGAAGCUCAAGGCCCCUGGAGACGAAGAGGCUACGGCAGAGACCCUGAUCGUGUCCAAAGCUAAGGAGCCGGAGCCAGAGCCCGAGCCUGAAGCAAAGGCUGAGAACUGAGUCAGCCCAACCAGACUGCCUCCCCACCUGACUGACGAUCAACCAUAUCUGCCACUGAACAACCAGUGGUGGAAAAAGUACCCAAUUGUCAUAUUUGAGUAAAAGUAAAGACUCCUUAAUAGAAAAUGACUCAAGUAAUAGUGAAAGUCGCCCAGUAAAAUACUACUUGAGUAAAAGUCCAAAAGUAUUUGAUGUUAAAUAUACUUAAGUAUCAAAAGUAAAUGUAAUCUCAAAAAUAUAUCAAAGUAUAAAUCAUUUCAAAUUCCUUAUAUUAGGCAAACCAGGAUGGUCAUGGGCACAGUUCAACACUCAGACAUCAUUUACAAACAAAGCAUUUGUGUUUCGUGAGACCGCCAGAUCAGAGGCAGUAGGGAUGACCAGGGAUGUUCUCUUAAAAUGUGUGAAUUGGACAAUUUUACUGUUCUGUUAAGCAUUCAAAA